AUAGACAUUUCCAAUACACUUUAACACGUCGCACAAACGUUAGAAGUCUAAUGCUAAAUGGAUAUGUAUAGUGUUUUUUUAAGUUAUAUAUAUAUAUUUAUUUAAUUAAUUUUUAAUCCUAAUGAUUAUUUUAUAAUAUGUGGAAUGAGCUCAGACGUGUGAUUCUUUUAUUGGCGUUUUGUAAUUUGGGACACACACUAAAAGCUAAAUACACUCCUCAAUUAGAUUUACACUGGAAUAUUUUUAAAGAUACACAUAAUAAGACUUACUCAAGGACAAAGGAAAUACAUCAUCGAUUAGUAUGGGAAGAAAAUUUUCAUCAUACCAAGAAACAUAAUGAUGAAGCCAAAGAUGGAAAACACAAUUAUACACUAUAUCUUAAUCAUUUAUCUGAUAUGCCUCCUAAAAUGUAUGACAGACAUUUCACAAGGCUCUCUCAUAGUAAACUACCAGCUUCUAAAAAAGUAGUAAUAUCAAAUAUUCAUCGACAUCAUAAUGUCACACAACUUCCUGAAGAGUUUGAUUGGCGGGAUAAAGGAUUUAAAACUCCUGCUUGGAAUCAACUAGAUUGUGGAGCAUGUUACGCAUUUAGCAUCGCUAGUAUGUUAGAAGGUCAACUUUUUAAAGAAACUGGCAAGUUACAUACAUUAAGUUCACAACAAAUUAUUGAUUGUUCAAUUGCAUAUGGGAAUCUAGGUUGCUCUGGAGGAUCGUUUAGAAAUACUUUAGAGUACAUUAAAAGAGUUGGAGGUAUUAUGCAAGGAAUAGAUUAUACAUACAAAGCAAAGGAGACUUUAUGUCAUUUUAGAAAGUUCAAAGCUAUUCUUCAGAUAUCUUCAUGGUCAAUCUUACCACCGUUUGAUGAACAUGCAUUGAAAGCAACAGUUGCUCUUGUGGGUCCCGUCAGUGUUUCAGUCAAUGCAAGUCCGAAAACUUUUCAGUUAUACUCAUCUGGAAUAUAUGAUGAUCCAAUGUGUUCUUCUACGUAUGUUAAUCACGCUAUGUUGUUAAUAGGCUAUACAAAAAACGCAUGGAUACUUAAAAACUGGUGGAGUUCUCUGUGGGGUGAUAAUGGCUAUAUGUAUAUGGCUCGUGGAAGGAACCAAUGCGCAAUAGCCUCCUACGCAGCCUAUGCUACGAUAAAAGACCCAAAACAACAUUGAUUACUAAAAAUCUAUUCCCAAAGGAUUUAUUGUAGUUUCUAUUUUUGAAACAAUGGUUUUAAUCAAUACAGUAUUUGUAUGCUAAAAUGAAUAAUUUAGGACAAAAAUAAUAAUAAAAUUAAAGUAAAUAUUA